AUGACGACAAAGUUGGAUAUUCCAAGGGAUUUGAUAGAGGAUGAGAUUCUCCCUAGGGUUUCGAUAACAUCUCUGAGAGCAGUGCGAUCUACUUGCAAAGAGUGGGAGGCUUCUACCAAAACUCAGAUUCUUGAACAACGGCGACUUAUACCAAUUAUAAAGCAAGUAAGUAUACUUGAUCAAAUCGAGAUAUCCCAAGUCUUUCACUGCGCUGGCUUAUUGUUAUGCGUCAUAAAAUACAACAAAGGGCUUGUGGUAUGGAACCCUUACAUAGGUAAAAUAAAGUGGAUCCAACCAAGAGAAAAAUACGAGAGUUUUGAUGUGUAUGCUCUCGGACAUGACAAGAACCGUAACCACAAAAUCUUGAGGAUUUUCUUUCACAAUCAUAGAGUUUUGGGGUACGAAAUCUACAAUUUUAGCUCUGAUUCAUGGAAGGUUGUCUAUGUCAUUGUCAACCAUGAGUGGGACAUGUGGUUUCGUCAACAACCGGGUGUGUCUUUGAAUGGAAAUACUUGUUUUUUGGCUGAAGAUAUAGAAGAAGAAUUUUUACUAUGUUUUGAUUUCACCACAGAGAGAUUUGGACCGCGUCUUCCUCUGCCUUAUGAUGAACAUAACGUGUCUCUAUCUUGUGUGGGAGAUGAGAAGCUCGCCGUGUUAUAUCAACGUUCGGGUAUAUGUCAUGUUUUAGAGAUUUGGGUCACAAAUAAGAUUGAUCCCAGUGGUGUAUCAAUAUCAUGGAGCAAGUUCUUGGGACGUUUCGACGGUCGUGUUAAGGUUGACAUUAACGGAGGGAGUUUUUUCAUUGACGAGGAGAAGGAAGUUGCUGUAAUUUUGAACAUAGACAAACCUAAAAGGAACAAGACCCGUCGCUACCAAACAGCUCACAUCAUUGGACAAGUCGGAUAUCUCAAAUCUUUGAGUAUCGGAGAAGCCCUGACAACUGACGAAUCAGAGGAGACAUAUUGUUUCCCACUUGUGUGCUCUUCAUAUGUCCCAAGCUUAGUGCAAUUAUAA